AUGACGAACGAAUUGAAGCAGAAUCAGAAGCAGAGUCACCGUUCGAUCCAUGAUGGACUCACCUUCAUUUACUUGUUCCUCCUGUUCGGAUCUCUACCGUACGCCGCUGCAGACGCCGGUAGUGAACCCCCACCUAACGAUAGUUUCUAUGGUUUCGGUACCACUUUCAACCCUUCGAUGGGUAUCAUACUCGUUGUCUUGAUAAGUGCCUUCUUCUUCAUGGGUUUCUUCUCCAUCUACAUCCGCCAGUGCUCCGAAUCUCGCAACGCUGAAAACAUUGACACUAACGGCGCGGAAGUUGGAAUGUCACGCAGGGCAAAUCGAGGUCUCGAUCCGGCCGUGAUGGAGACUUUCCCAACCUUCGCUUACUCAUAUGUGAAGGGUCACAAAUUGGGUAAAGGAGCUCUGGAGUGCGCCGUAUGCUUGACCGAGUUCGAAGACGAUGAUAAGAUCCGAUUGCUGCCCAAGUGUGACCAUGCGUUCCAUCCCGAAUGCAUUGAUGCUUGGUUAUCUAAUCGCACAACCUGCCCAGUCUGCCGAGCUAACCUCGUUCCUGUACCGGGCGAAACAUCUGCAACUAUAGUACCGAUACAGGACAUAGAAGGCGGGGAUUUGGAUGGGGAAUUCCCGACGUCGGAACCUGGGUACCCAGAGAACGAGCAAGUUUCCAUUAAUGUAAUAAACGACGAACCACAAGUGAUAGCAGCGGCAGUGGCACCGGAGGUAAUUAAUCCGAUCCCAAUGCAGAACCGGCCAGGGAGAUCAACAAAGCCGAGAUUCGCGGGGAGAUUUCCGCGGUCGCAUUCGACAGGUCACUCGCUGGUCCAACCGGGAGAAGACGUCGAGCGGUUCACCCUCCGGCUACCUGAGGAUGUAAGGAAACAAAUCAUAAACAUGAGUCAUCUGAACCGGACCAGGAGCAUGGUAGCGUUCCCAAGGCUAGGAAGUUCGAGGAAAGGUUACCGGGCGACUGGUGAAGGAAGUAGCAGAGGAGGGAAAUCGAUGAGGGUGGAGACAGGGGAGAAACCGGAAGGCUGGGUCUUCUCGAUGACACCGCCUUUCUUCAUGAGAGCCUCUUCUUCUCGGUCACCGAAGAUGGCAACAGAAGGGGAUACUCCGGUGACUCCUCGUCGGAAACCCUGUAGGUCACCGUUACGAGUGAGCACGAAAGCUGACGGAACUGAGCCGUCCUUGACCCGUUCUCCGGUUUGA